GAACUCGGCCUUCUUUUCCCGCGGUGGCCGAACUUCAAUUUCAGCCAGAGAGCUGUUGAGAACUUUGAUGGAAUCGUUUCUUCUAGAACGGUUGGGAGCCAUCCAAGGAGGGAUUUGAGACGAGGAGGUUGGAGCCCGAGCGGGAGCCGGCUUUAUCUUCUCUGAAUUCAGCCUGUCUCCAAGAAAAGGGAGAGUACAGCUAAUGAUAGAAGAAAGAAUUGUGGAACUGAAUAGUGGUUGUAAUUGGAGUGGUGACAUUCAGGAAUAUGGCUGUAGACUUCUCUCAAGAGGAGUAGGAAUAUCUGAACCUGAAACAGAGGAACUUGUACAGAGAUGUGACAUUGGAGAAUUACAGCAACUUGAUCUUGUUGGAUAAUGAAACCUGGAUUGUUGAGAGAGAAGCACUAAAAGACCUGAACUCAGGUUUUGUGGUAUCUCUGGGGAGCCCCUGGACCAGAUCUUCCUCAGACUCCAGGUCACCUCUUCCCAACAGCUCUACUUGAAUUCACAAAGGACCAUUAAGUCUUUGGCUCCUGAGAGAACAAUAGUUGCAACCCAGUGUGGCCAUGCCAACUAACUGGAUUUCACCUCAGAAACCUACAACUCUGGCUCCAGAGGAUCAUGAGAGCUCAUAUGAGGCCCCUAAGGUCACAGAGCCAUCCCUGGAUUUUGAAAAGGGAUCAGUGUCCUUCAGGGAUGUGACUAUAGAUUUCAGCAGAGAGGAAUGGCAGCAUCUGGAUCCUGCUCAGAGAAACCUCUACCGGGAUGUGAUGCAGGAGACCUACAGCCACCUGCUCUCAGUAGGGUAUCAAGUUCCUGAGUCAGAGGUUUUCAUGGUGGAACAAGGACAGGAGCCGUGGGCACUGCAGGGUGAGAACCCACACCAGAGCUGUCCAGAAGAAUUGCAACAGAUUGGUGAUCAGAUAGUCACCUAUCAUCAAACAGGAAGUAAAUCAAUAAAUGAUACUGCUUUCAUCAAGAAAAUAUGGACUACAAAGAGUCAUCAUGAGUAUGAAGGCAUUACAGAAAUAAUCCACAUUAGCCCAAACAUUAUUCCCCCCUCCAAAAGACCCCACCAGUGUGGCUCAUUUGGGAAUGUCUUUAAACAUAAUUUAGAUUUAUACAGUCAUUAUAGAAGUAAUACAUCCAAUAGCAUUAAAAAGAUGACUGAAUGUAGUAAAAUUUCUUCCUAUACUGAUGACCAUGAGUAUACUCUAACAGGAGAGAAAUUAUGGAACCAUAAUCAAAGUAGAACAAAUCUCAAUUAUAAACAAGUACCCUCUCGAUAUCAGAAAAUUCAUACGGGAGAGAAAUCCUAUGAUUGUGCAGAAUUUGGAAAGAUCUUCACCCAUAAAUCACAGCUCAAGGUACAUAUGAGAGUUCAUACAGGAGAAAAACUCUAUGUAUGUAUUGAAUGUGGCAAGGCUUUUGUGCAUAAGCCAGAAUUCAUCACACAUCAAAAAACCCAUACUAGAGAAAAGCCCUAUAAAUGCAAUGAAUGUGGAAAGUCCUUUUUCCAAGUGUCUUCUCUCUUCAGGCAUCAUAGAAUUCACACUGGAGAGAAACUCUAUGAAUGCAGUGAAUGUGGGAAAGGCUUCUCUUAUAACUCAGAUCUCAGUAUACAUCAGAAAAUUCAUACUGGAGAGAGACACCAUGAGUGUGGUGACUGUGGCAAAGCAUUUACACAAAAGUCCACACUCAAGAUGCAUCAGAAAAUUCAUACAGGAGAGAGAUCCUACAUAUGUAUUGAAUGUGGACAGGCCUUCAUCCAGAAGACACACUUGGUUGCACACCGAAGAAUUCAUACUGGAGAAAAGCCAUAUGAAUGCAGUUACUGUGGGAAAGCCUUCAUUUCUAAGUCUCAACUCCAGGUACAUCAACGAAUUCACACAAGAGUAAAGCCCUAUUCAUGUACUGAAUAUGGGAAGGUCUUCAACAAUAGUUCUAACCUCGUUGCAAAUAAGAAAGUUCAAAUUAGAGAGAAAUCGUCCAUAUGUGCUGAAUGUGGGAAGGCCUUUACUUACAGGUCAGAGUUAAUUAUUCAUCAGAGAAUUCACACUGGAGAGAAACCCUAUGAAUGUGGUGACUGUGGAAAAGCCUUUACUCAGAAGUCAGCACUCACAGUGCAUCAGAGAAUUCAUACAGGAGAAAAAUCCUAUGUGUGCACGAAGUGUGGGCUGGCCUUCAUCCAGAAGGCACACUUGAUUGCACAUCAAAUUAUUCAUACUGGAGAGAAACCUUAUAAAUGUGGUCACUGUGGGAAAUUCUUUACUUCCAAGUCACAACUGCAUGUGCAUAAACGAAUUCACACAGGAGAAAAACCUUACAUGUGCAAUAAAUGUGGGAAGGCAUUCACCAACAGGUCAAAUCUCAUCACACAUCAGAAAACUCAUACAGGAGAAAAGUCUUAUGUAUGUUCUAAAUGUGGAAAGGCCUUUACUCAGAGAUCAGACUUGAUAACACAUCAGAGAAUUCAUACCGGUGAGAAACCUUAUGAAUGCAGUACCUGUGGAAAAGCCUUCACCCAGAAGUCACACCUCAAUAUACACCAGAAAAUUCACACUGGAGAGAGGCAGUAUGAAUGCCAUGAAUGUGGGAAAGCCUUCAAUCAGAAAUCAAUACUCAUUGUGCAUCAGAAAAUUCAUACGGGGGAGAAACCCUAUGUGUGCACUGAAUGUGGAAGAGCCUUCAUCCGAAAGUCAAACUUCAUUACUCAUCAAAGAAUUCAUACAGGAGAGAAACCUUAUGAAUGCAGUGAUUGUGGGAAGUCCUUCACGUCCAAGUCUCAGCUGCUGGUACAUCAGCCAAUUCACACAGGCGAGAAACCCUAUGUGUGUGGUGAAUGUGGCAAGGCCUUUAGUGGCAGGUCAAAUCUCAGUAAACACCAAAAAACCCACACAGGAGAGAAGCCUUACAUCUGUUCUGAAUGUGGGAAGACCUUCAGACAGAAGUCAGAGUUGAUUACACAUCACAGAAUUCAUACUGGAGAGAAACCUUAUGAAUGCAGUGACUGUGGGAAAUCUUUCACUAAGAAAUCUCAGCUCCAAGUGCAUCAGCGAAUUCACACAGGCGAAAAGCCUUAUGUGUGUGCUGAAUGUGGCAAAGCCUUUACUGACAGGUCAAAUUUGAAUAAACACCAAACAACACACACUGGAGACAAGCCCUACAAGUGUGUAGUCUGUGGGAAAGGCUUUGUUCAGAAAUCCGUGCUCAAUGUGCACCAGAGUAUUCACACUUAAACAGUAUGAGAAAAACCUUACAGAGGACAUGAUACUAUUGAAUCCAUGCAACAGAAUAAUAUGUAUAUUAUUGUAAGUAGAAAUGCCCACAGCAGAAUGUGACACUGUACUGUUUACAAGAGGACCUCUUGAGAAGGAGCUGAAUGACGGGGUGGGGGGAUUCUACAUUGUCAUCACCAUUGUUAAAUCCUGGGGCAUACUGAGAAGGAACUGAUGCUUUAGAGGAAGCCUUCUCAUGAAAAAUACAGUGGAAUAUAGGUACCAAAUUCUUCAUAGGAAGGAUAAAGUUAUAAUCAUGAUAAUCCUCUUGGUGGAAUAGGGACAAUGCCAACAAAUUGAACAGUAAAACAACACAAUAUAGAGGGUGGUGAUAUGUCCGUAGUUCUGUAAGUUGUUUCCUGAAGAACAUAUCUAACAGGCAUGGGGUUUUUCAUUCUUUGGUUGAAUCUAACACAUUUGUGUCUAUUCAGUCUACCAUUGCUACUUCUAUCAAGGAAGUGAUAUAAUAAAAAUUAUUCCUUAUCUAUACUGACACAAAAGAGUGUAUGUGGAUUCACCAUUGUCAUCUAACACAGGAUUUGUCACCACACUUACAGCUACUUGUAGUGUCUUCGAGCCUCAGAAGCUAUCAUCACAUUGUCUUCUGACCCCCAGCAUAGUAUCUUUUGAACUCAGUUCACUAUCUUUGGGACAGCCAUUUGAGGUAAGAAUUUUCAAGCCAUCUGGGUCAAAUUAAGUCUCCCUUAUGUCACAGUUCUUCACACUUAUUUGCCUUCCUUAAUGACUCAACUUAUAUAAGAAUAAAUCACUAACUUAUAACAAA